GACACAUUGUACGGCCUGGCCAGCUGGCCGCAAAUAAAAAUUUAAUAUAGGCUGAAUGUCAUUUUUUAUCUGUGGUGUUACGUUUAGGCGGGAAUUUUUUUCUGGGGUGAAAAAUAAAAAGUGAUGAAAAACUUCCUUUUUUGGAAUUAUUGUGGAAUUAAACUGAAAUUUCUAAGUUAAAAUAAUUUUGAAUAUUAUUAAUUGUUUGAAAGUGAAUCUUAUCGCAUUUAUUUACAACGAAUUUUCGUUUAAGUGAAGUUAUUAACUUCCCACAAUGCCGGAAUCAUCAGUGGUCUUCGGUACAAAUGAAAAAUGGCGAAUAAAUCGCAAUAUCUUGGUGAUGGGGUUCGCGUUUAUGGUGCAUUUCACUGCUUUCCACGGCACUGCCAACCUUCAGAGCUCAGUGAACAGCGACGCAGGCGCAGGAACAUUUACCCUGGCAGCGAUAUAUUUCUCACUUAUCCUAUCUAAUAUACUACUACCUGCUGUUGUAAUCAAAUGGCUGGGCUGCAAGUGGGCUGUGGCAAUAUCUUUCAUAGCCUACAUGCCGUUUAUAGCCGCACAGUUCUACCCCCGGCUGUACACCCUGGUGCCAGCUGGUAUGAUGGUGGGGUUCGGUGGCGGACCACUUUGGUGCGCCAAAUGCACAUAUCUGUCUGUGGUAGCGGAACCUUACGCCAAGCUGUCAGGGGUGUCAGCUGAAGUGCUAGUGGUGCGGUUCUUUGGACUCUUCUUUAUGUUCUAUCAGAUGGCGCAGAUCUGGGGAAACCUGAUAUCUUCUGCUAUUCUAUCUUCUAACCUGGGCGAUGAGCCAGGACUGUGGAAUGCCACUUCAAGCCUAGCAGACUUGUUUAAUAAUGAAACUAGUUCGCCUACUGUAGACUUUGGGUCUACUUGCGGUGUCAACUUCUGCAGUGCCAGUGCAUCUCAUGGCAAUACAAAUCUGCAACCUCCUUCAGAACUGAAGAUCCAGGUGAUAGCGGGAGUAUACCUCGCUUGUAUGGCUGCUGCAGUCAUACUAGUGGCCUUUGGAGUCGAUUCACUUACCAGGUACACUGGAGGUCGUAACACAGCGUGUCAGGGUAAGUCUGGAGUACGCCUUUUAGCCGUAACCCUUCGACAGUUACGUCACAAGUACCAACUGCUUCUACUACCAGUUAUCGGAUAUAUUGGUGCUGAACAAGCUUUCAUGGCGGCUGAUUUUACACAGGCAUUCAUCGGCUGUGCGUACGGUAUCAGUAACAUUGGGUACGUGAUGAUUUGCUUCGGAGUGUUCAACGCGUUGGCUGCACCCGUCGCCGGAGCACUCGUCAAGGUCACCGGCAGGUUCCCAGUUAUGGUCACUGCACUGUUACUGAACCUCUGUCUCCUCACGUCUCUGCUGUACUGGCGUCCGGAGCCCGAGCAAUGGUUGGUGUUCUACGCGCUGGCCGCCAUCUGGGGAACUGCUGACGCUGUGUGGCUGGUGCAAGUUAAUGCAUUCUCAGGCAUCCUAUUCCCGGGCAACGAAGAAGCAGCUUACUCCAACUUCCGUCUUUGGGAGGCGACUGGCAGUGUACUGUCAUAUGCCACUGCACCAUACUUAUGUGUCAGGACAAGGUUAUAUUGCCUCUUAGGCUUCCUUCUAGUCGGUUUCUUAGGCUACAGUAUCAUAGAGCUGAUGGAGUACAAAGUGAAAAAGGCUCAUCAUCUCGAGAGGAACUUUGAACUUGUUGAGAAGAAACCUGAACAGGAAUCGCUCAGGAAACCUUCUGAAACUGAAGGGGAUUACUGAAGAUAGACUUAUAUAAAAAGAAAAGAAUAUAUGAGGAGAAUAUUAUAUUCUGAGUUUUUACAUGUUUGUUUGUGUAUGUACCUAUGUGUUAUAGUAAUCAUCUUAGAGUUUCAAAUAUAAUACGAUUGCGAUUAGAGGUUUGGUCUCCGGCUCAGCAUGUCUAUUCAGAUUAUUGUUGGUAAAAAUAUAGUAUAAUCAGUAGCUAUAGCUAUGUAUUAAAGUAUUGUUAAGUAUCCGUCCUCAUGAUAUUUAGGUAAUCUAUAAUAGUAUAUUAAUAAGUUUAACAAUAGUAUUUACCAAUAAAUAUGAGUUAGAAAAUUACUUAAGAAUUCGAAAUAAUUUAAUUAGGUUGUUUUAAAAUGUAUUCUAAUCAUUACCUUGUUGGAGAAAAGCAGAAGAAAAGUAAUAAAUGAUAUGAUACUCAAGUUUAAAAUGUAUUAAUCUAAACUAAAAAUUAAAAAAAAACAAUUAAAAAUAAAACAAUGAAAAAGUAGUUUCAUUAAAUUGUCGCUUUUAUUUCUCUUCACAUAAAUACUUAAAGGGUUGGAUCGUACUCGAUCGGCUAGACAAGCUAAACAAUAACUAAGUACAAUGUUCGCAGGGAAACUAACAAAGUGACUAAACCCUUGUUAUACACAAUAGUUAUACAUUAAAAAUAACAAUAACCGAAGUUAUAU